AUGGACCCGGCCGCGGCCGAGCUCUACGACGAGGACAAGGACCUGGACUUCUACGACUUCGAGCCGCUGCCCACUCUGCCGGAGGAUGAGGAGAACGUGUCCCUGGCCGACAUCCUCUCUCUGCGGGACAGCGGCCUCAGCGAGCAGGAGGCUUGGGCGGUCUGCUUGGAGUGCUGCCUGUCCUUGCGGAGCGUCGCGCAUGCAGCCAUCUUCCAGACACUGUGCAUCACGCCCGACACCCUGGCCUUUAACACCAGCGGCAACGUGUGCUUCAUGGAGCAGCUCAGUGAUGACCCUGAGGGUGCCUUCGUCCCCCCGGAGUUCGAUGUGACAGGGAACACCUUUAAGGCUCACAUCUACUCCCUGGGGGCCACCCUGAAGGCUGCCCUGGAGUACGUGGUGGAGCCGGAGCUGGAGCCCAGGCUGAGCCAGGACCUGGAGGUGCUGCUGGGCCAGAUGCAGGCGGAGGACCCCCAGGACCGGCCUGACCUUGAGAGCAUCAUGGCGCUGUGUGAAGAGAAGAUGCAGCUCACGUCCUCCUGCCGCCUGUGCCGGAGUCUCUCGGCCGUGGGGAGGCGGGUGCUCUCCAUCGAGUCCUUUGGAGCAUUUCAGGAUGUCAGUGAGACCACCUGGAGGGGGAGGCCUGUCCCCAGAAGCACAGGGCCCAGGAGGCUGCCUGGGGACCUUGGGGCUGACUCAGGGGCCCUGCCUGCCCCAGAGCACCUGCCCCUGAUCUCUGCCCCCAAAGGCCCAGACCGGGAGACCGGCCGGGGCCCCAGACCCCCGCCUCCCAAGCCUCUGCUAUCGGCCCCUGUGAAAAACGGUGAAAGCCACGGCCAGGAGGGGCUGGCUAGCCUCAUCCUGGACACCAGAUGCCCCCUGGGUGAGCUGGACAGAGGCUUCCUCAAGAGGAGCCGUCUGAGGAAGGUACAGUCCUUCCCCAGGCUGCCACCCACCGGCCCCGAGGCCAGCGCCUUCUGCCUGCAGCUGACCUCCACAAGCCAGCUGCCCAUACCCGAAUUCUCCCCUCCGGACCCCAGGAAGGUCUUUCUGGAGGGGAAAAAUGGCCUUUCUAGCUUCCAGGCACAGCCCAAGUGCAGACCAUGGCCCGAGCAGGAGCCCGCAAUCCAGCUGGUGGGGGCUCCAGGCGCAGGCCACAGUGGGGACAGGCAGCCUAGGGUCUCAGGACAGCCCAAGACUUCAGUCCCUGGCCAAGGACCUGCAGAGGAAAGACCCCUGUCCCAUCCCGUGGACCCUCAAGAUGCAGACCAUAAGGCCCACAGUGCGGGGAACAACGAGGAGAUUCCGGAAGGAGCCAGGCAGCCUGGAAGUGCAGCCUCCGAGCAGUGGGUGUCCCUGCAGGACCUCUUGUCCCAGCUGGGCCGGCCCUUCAGGGAGUACGAGCUGUGGGCCCUGUGCCUCGCCUGCCUGCGUGCCCUGCAGACGCACACCGCACACCCAGCCUGCCUGUGCCUGGACUCUGUGCUGGUGGCUGAGGACGGGGCUGUGCUCUUUGGGCCACCCCCUGCCAACGGCUCUUACGACUCGUUCUUCCUGGCUCCCGAAGUGGCAGAGGAAAAGCUGGGGACUGAAAAGGCCUCCGUGUACUGUGUGGCCGCCAUCCUGUGGACCACAGCCAAGUUUAGCGUCCCCCGCAACCACAAGCUGGCUCUGCCACGCAGGCUCAAGACCCUCCUCCUGGACAUGGCCAGACGCAGUGCCCUGGAGCGGCCAUCUGCAGCUGAGGCCAUCAAGGUGUGCGGUGGUUACCUCCUUCAGCGAGGCAUGGACAGCGGGAAGAUCUUAGCCCACCUGAGGGCAUCCACCUGUAAGGUCUACCAGGAGGAAGAAACCAUCAGUCUCCAAAAUGCUUUCUCGGUGGUUGAACUAAAACCCGGCACAGCGCCUGCUCCUGAACCCAGCCCAGGCUUCCUGCCAGUCAGUGGUGACACCAGGCUGGUUGCCAUGCCAGGGCCCCUGCCUGGCCAUCCCUCCUGCUGGGAAGGAGCCCCCAGGCUGCCAGCAGCCUUCACCUCCGAGGCCACUCACUUCAAGCCCAUCGUCCUCCCCCAGGAUGCAGGUGGAGCCAGGGACCAGCUGGCCUUGUCCUCAGGGCCAGCUGAGAGCCGCCCGCCAGACAGGGAGGACACAAAGGAGCAUGAGCCUGAGUCCCCCGCUGGGACCACCAGCCCGACGACACCUGACCAGCCGGUGCCAACUCCAGGGCCACAGGGAGGAACCCCAGAACGUGUCAGGGAGUCGGACCCACACGGCGCGGCCCAGGGGGACUCCUGCACUCCACCCCCCACCCCUGGCAUCCAGUCAGAGGGGGCCUCAUCAGCAACUACUGGCUCUCCUGUCCCCGCCCUGAAGGCUUCAGCGCUGCCCCCAGAGCAAGGGCUAGACGGACAGGUCCCACCUGAAUCCCCUUCUGGGAGCCUCAGGCCCUGCCCCCCAGGGCCCACCUCAGCCAACCACAGCUCACGUCACCCAUCCAAGCCACCCAGGAGCAAGGCCACUGAGCACCCAGGCCGGGAGCCGCAGGGCACCCGAUCGGCCGCACAGGGCCCCUCCCUGGCCUCGGUGAGUCCAGACAAGCCCAAGGGCAGCUCUGUUGGGGAGCAUGGUGACCGGACCCCAGACAGCUUCCCUGAGAGGCCCCGGGCUGCAGACCGCAAGCUCUGCCCACCCAGUGUGGAUGCCUCGUGCCUCCCGAGGAGGACGGCCUGCCCGUCACUGCAGGAGGCCACGCGCCUGAUCCAGGAGGAGUUCGCCUUUGACGGCUACCUGGACAACGGGCUGGAGGCUCUGAUCAUGGGGGAGUACAUUUUCGCCUUGAAAGACCUCACUUUCGCCACCUUCUGUGGUGCCAUCUCGGAGAAGUUCUGUGACCUCUACUGGAAUGAGAAGUUGCUGCAGAAUCUCUUCAAAGUGGUGAACGAGCCGACGUCACCCUCCAAGAGUGCUCCCGAGGAGGCAGGGCCCCAGCCCGAGACCACACUGGGGGGCUGCUCGCCAUCCAGCAAAAGGCCCUCGCUGCACGGACUGGGGAGAGAGAAGCCAGCCGCGGCCCGGGGCAGCAGAGCGCCCUGCUCGCCUCCGUCACUGUCAGACAUAGACUCAGAUGAGCUCUCACGGGGAAACUUUGAGGUGGGAUUUCGGCCUCAGAAGUCAAUCAAAGCUGCCACAGAGCAGCCGCCCCAGGCUGGAGGGGCCGGGCAGCAGGGCGGGGGUCCCGAGCCGGCCGGCAGGGUCUCAGACGCGGAGGCGGUGGCCCAUCUGGCCAGGCCCGACAAGGGCAUCCCAGCCGUGGCCCCCAGCCCAGCGGAGUUCCAGAGCUGCAGCCCUGGCUGGUGCAGCGCCUUCUACGAGGCCGACUGCUUCGGGGCAGACGUCUACAGCUACGCGAAGGACCUGGGGAGGCAGAAGGCCGGCGGGUCCCCAGAGCUCGAGGCCCAGAGCCCGGUGAGUCCCGGGGGGUGGCGUCACUCACUGCAGCCUCAGGAGCGCCACGGGCGGUGA